GGUGCUCUUUCCGGAAGUCUCCUUCUCAGGAAAUGCGGAACAAAGUGUUCCGAGGGAUAUUUUGUUCCGGGCCGCAAACUGUGAGCCGCCGGCUUGGUCGCUGUGGCCGCUUUUGUUUCGCUUUGCUGCCGUCACUAUGAUUCCCCUGCCCGUGGUGGUCUGCGUACUGGGGGGCUGGUGCGCCAUAUACAUAGCCGACACGGUACUGAAGUCAUCUUCUCUGAAAGAGUGUUAUGAGGAGUGCCUUGCAUCCUAUGGACUGUCAGUUUCUCCAUUCCAUGUGCGAUGGCAGACAGCUUUUUUCAACCGCCUUUUCUACAACUGGGGAAGAUGGAAGCCAAGAUUUCUUUAUCUCUGGUUUAACAUAGGGAUGAUUUUUGGCAUAGCAGCUAUGUUUGGUUCUGUGGUUCUGCUUGGGAAGACACUGACACAAACUGUGUCACAGAUGUUAACUGAAAAUCCCUCAAGUCAAAAUGAUCAAAUGCUACAGGUUGUGGUGCCUGGUGUAAACCUUCCCAUCAGCCAGCUGUCCUAUUUCUUCACAGCAAUCCUCAUCAGUGGUAUUAUACAUGAAGUUGGCCAUGGAGUGGCAGCUAUUAGAGAGCAAGUUCGGUUUAAUGGCUAUGGAAUUUUUAUAUUCAUUGUCUAUCCCGGGGCAUUUGUUGACCUAUUCACUACUCACUUACAAUUAAUAUCUCCCAUUCAGCAGCUAAGAAUAUUUUGUGCAGGUGUCUGGCAUAACUUUGUGCUUGGUGUUGCAGGUCUUGUAGUUCUCUUCUUUUUACCUGCUAUUCUUUACCCAUUUUAUUACACUGGUGCAGGAGCACUUGUUACUGAAGUCACUCAGGAUUCUCCUGCUAAUGGUCCUAGAGGUCUUUUUGUUGGUGACCUUGUCACUAGUCUGCAGGAUUGCUCAGUUUACAGUGUGGAAGAUUGGAAUGCCUGCCUGGAAAAGAUGUAUCGGAAGCCACAAACAGGCUAUUGCAUAAAAUCAUCAAUACUACAGCAGCUAAGCUUCCCAAUUAGAGGUUUUAAAAGACUUGAUGGCACUAUUGAAUGUUGUAACAACAAUAGCCUCACAGAUGUUUGCUUUUCAUAUAGUAAUAAACUGAACAGCCAUAUGACCCAGUAUGCUUGCUUGCCAGCACGGAAAACUAUUGAGGCCAGUGAGCUCUGUCAAACAAACAAAGAUUGCCUAAAGUAUUUUAUCCCAAGUACGUGUGUGACCCCUUCCUUGGAAAAUCAAACCAAGCUCAUAAGGGUGAAGCAUCCUCCUCAAAUUGAUAUGCUGUUUGUUGGUCAUCCACUGCAUCUCCAAUAUACAGUGAGCCUCAGCAGCUUUGUACCUCGAUACAGCUUUCUAACUUUGGACCUUCCUUUAAUAAUGGAAACAUUUUGCAAAUAUCUGAUUUCACUCUCUGGAGCACUGGCUGUUGUUAAUGCAAUUCCCUGUUUUGCUUUGGAUGGCCAAUGGAUAUUGAAUUCUUUCUUGGAAGCUACUGCUAGCAAAUUUAUUGUUGAAAAGCAAAACAGGGAGCUUCUUGGCUUCUUAAUUUUACUUGCUGGCAGUGCACUCUUGGCUGCUAAUGUGGCCCUGGGACUCUGGAUUGUGACAGCACGAUAACAUAAUAGCACAUUUUGAUAUCAUUUAUGAUGCUGAUGCAGAAAACAUUGAAAUAUAUCACCUUAUAAAAUGACAGUUGGGUGGGUCAAUGGAAAGAAAAACAGCUUUACUCGUUUUAAGAAUGUGUCCAUAGAUACUUUCAGACAUGUUUCUUGUUACCUUUGAAGCCCUCUGACCCUGCCACUUGACCAUACUCAGCAUUGAUUUAUAGAGGCUCCUAUAGCUUCAGAGGCAUUAUCAGGAAAUGGUGCUCGGAGCUCAGUGAUUAACUCUGCAAUUCAUUUGAUUGUGUGUCAAAGCCAAAAUGAAGAAAAUGGGACACUAUUGCUACUUAGCAAGCUUUGACAUGUUAGGAACAAUAUAGAAGGGUGACAUAGUAAUUAAUAGAAAAGUGUGACAUAUCCCUAGUUUUGGUUUGGUAUCAGUUUGGCACCUAAAUAUUGAUCCCACACUGAGAAAUAGAUGAAAUCCAGCUCCCCCCCCCAAAGUCUUUCUCUCCUCAAAUCACAUUUGCAAAGAUAGAAAUGGUGAAAGCCCGGUUGCACCUUUAUAAUUCCAAGAGUCAUUAGGAAAGUGGCAUUAGUCUUUAAGCAUUCUGAUUUGUUGGCUAAAUUCAGAGAAUCAUAGAGUGUUAUUCUUUAUUGGGUAAAGCAAUGGUAUGCCUUUUCUCCUAUCUUACUGUGCUCUGACAACUUUUCCUUAGUUUCAUCAAAUAUUGAUGAUAAAUGGAAGACUGUCAUUUUCCAAUAAACUUCUUCUAUAGCUAUUGGUUUGGUUUUAGAAGAAAUUUCCUAUUACACCUUCCUUACCUGCCUAUCCACAUGAUUAUACUGUUAUCUUUUGUGUAUUUGAAUUGAUAGUUCUUCAGUACUGGACUUUGGAGAGGAAUACGCCAAGUACUUAUUUCUGUUUUCCUGGACUGGGGUAAAGAGACAAGGCCAGCCUAGAAGAAUUCAAGUGGACAACAAUAAUGUGUUAGAAAGUUCAGCCUAGCUGGUGGCUUGCUAUCAUAAUUAACUUUUACUACUGAAUUUCCCUGAGGUCCCUUUGCAUUUUUAAACAAGAAAUUAUACUGCAAAGUGACCAUGGCCAUAGGGAUAGAGUGCCAAGAUUGCUGAAAUUGUUAAGUGAAGCAAUGGAACGGUUCUGGGGGGAAAAAUAAGUGAGAGUGUUGAAUAAAUAUUAUUGCCAAAUAGUAUGUUUUUAGACAGUUGACUUGGGGUUGACUUUCCUUUUAAUGCAGAAUCAAAAUAUGGUUUUGGGGCUCAGGCUAUCUUUGACUUGUAUUUAGGACUGUCAGUGGACUGCUUUCUGUGAAUGUAAACAGCAUAUUUAUGAAUGGAUUUCUGUUUUAUUAUACUUGUAUACUUCCAAAUGAGCAUAAACUGAAAAACCAGGUAUAUUAACUCGUAAUUAUAAGCAAUUCAAGACUUAUUUCUUGAAAAUUAAAGAUUUUUUUCGUUUAGUAUUUUUUUUUAAACAAAUAUGCACUUACUUCCCAUUCUCAGGUAAGCUUAUUCAUAGAUGGAUGGAUUUUAAUGGCAUGUCUUUAAGUAACGUGAAUUAUGUAUCGGUGGAUAUACUCUUCACUGUGUAAACUUUUGUGUUUGUGUUUUGUCAAGCCUUAAUAUGAAUUUUGAAUUAUUUGACAUGAUUUUUCAGAAAGAAAUGACUAUACAUUUUGUUGAUGGUUAAAAAAUAUAUGUAAUAUUUUGCUGAAAGUUCAGAGCUGAUAAUCAUAUUUCAAGUAUAUUGUAGGAUUCUUUUUGCAAAUGCUACUGCUCAUUUUGUUUUCCUUUGUAAAUUGUUCUGUUUGUGUAUGCUCUCAUUUUUCAUAUUUUCAUACAUUUGUAGUUUUAAUUCCAGCCCCAGCUAUUCAGUUUUGUAUCAGUUUUACAUAUGGAAAAUGACGAUGUCAUGAUGAUGGUGUUUCAGUGUUCUUGGGACUACCUAGAGAGCUGUUUACAACAAAAUUCUUAUAUGGUUAGGAAAACUAGAAAAGGCCUCAUUGGCAUUGCUAUAAAUUGCUGUUCUGAGCCUGAAACAUGAGAAAAAUGGUGAAUUUCUAUUUUGUAAAAUAUGUACUACAAAGAUAUAUACUACAAAGAAAAAUAAUGUGGAUAAGGAAAGGUAUUUUUCACAGCUUCAAUGGGAAAGACUUCCUGAUAGAAUAGGCACAUAUACAUCUAGAUAUAAGUCUAAAGUAAGGGCCAUUGAUAAUUUAUAGUUCAUUACUUUAAAAACUUAUUUAUAAACUAGGGUUUUAAAUUCAGACUGAUUGUAGAAACCUUAAUUUAUGAGUUAUCCUAAACAUACUCAAGGAAUAAGUUUCACUGAGUUCAGUAAAUAUUUAUUUUAAGCAAACAAGCUUAGGGUUGUGCUGCACAAUUAUAGUAAUGAUCUUUUGUGAAGCUUCUAGGUUCGUGUAGAUAUUAUAUAUUUAUUUUAAUGAAGAAUCUAAUUAUGAUUAUUGUAACUGUAUGUAUGUCUCCUGUAUUAGAUUAUAAAAUACAAUUUUUAUUUAUUUCAAGCUAUCUUUUUCCAAAGCUUAUUUGCUGGUUUGCAGAUCUGUUACUUUAGCUAUUGACUAUUUUGUAGUUAGACAAAUAACAUACUCUGUAAGUUCUAUUGUUAUAAAUGUAAAUUAGUCUUACAUUGUCUUACUGAUAAAACAAACAUACUUUAAAAGCUAUUAACUAUCAAAGGAGAUAACUGUACAGAUAGUCCUCAACUUACAGCAAUUCAUUUAGUGACCAUUCAAAGUUACAUUGGCAUUGAAAUAACCAUUUUUCACACUUGCAACUAUUGCAGCAUUCCCAUGGUUAUGUGAUCAAAAUUAGAUGUUUGGCAACUUGCUCAUAUUUAUGACGGUUGCUAAUGUGAUUACUUUUUGUCACCUUCUGACCAGCAUAGUCAAUGGGGAAGCCACUUAUUUGUGUUACUAAUAACUGCAGUGAUUCACUUAACAACUAUGUCAUGAGAGAUUGUAAAAUGGGCCAAAAGUAACUUAACCUUUCUUGCUUAACAAUAGAAAUUUUGGGCUCAGUUGUCAUAAAUCAAGGACUACCCUUAUAUGGGUAGUCUUAAUAUUAUUGUAAUUUCUGACCAUUGAAAGUUAUUAGCUUUUUCUCCAUAUUAUACAGACAGACACAUGAGAGAUUAAUUCUCAAUUUGAGUCUGAAUUCAGACUUGAUUCUUAACAUCUGGGGCUGCAAUAAAAUUAAGCUUGCUUCUGAAUAAACAUGAAUAAAAAUAACAUUUGGAUACUAAAAGGCCACAUGGAGAGUCUUAGUAUUUCUUUUAAUUGUAAUCAGCAAUAGAAAAAAGCUGCCAAGAGUAAGUCUGGAGAUGGGCAAGGCUGAAGUCAAAUAAAUAACAUACUUCAAUAACUUCUAAUUAGUAAUAUUUAUUUCAAACAAAGUUGGAAUGAGGACUAUGGUGUAUGAAAUAUUUUCAAGGUGUUUUUCAACAAUAUCUGAAAUGGUUUUCAACUGCUUUGAGGUAAAUGUUUGAAUAAUAUUUAACUUCCAUGCCAAUAGGUACGGCAUUUCUGUCCAUAGUAAUUAAAUGAAGGUGAAAAAGUUAAGACUCAUUUUUAUAAAGAAAACUUCAGUACUUUGACAGAAAAAUAAAAACAGAUGUCCCUUUAGUUUUGUACUAUUAAUCUUAAUUCAUAAGAGUUUUGCAGAUAAAGGUUACUUUAAAAUAAUGUCUGACAUCUCCAGUAAUCUUUGGUAUUUGACCUUGUAAAGAAACUGCUGCUGAUAGCAGGAUUGUCCUCCUGGCCACAAGUAGAAGCUAGUUGUUUCAAAAAGUUUCAAUAAUUAACUAGUUUCACUGAGGAGCUAUUAUUCUUAGAAAAAUGUAGAUUUAAAACUGUCAUGCCAAUACUGGUAUUUGUUUGACACUGUGUGGAGAUUAUAAAAAAUACCCAUACAGGGUUGUCUUCAACUUACAACCACAAUUGGGACCAGAAUUUCUGUUGUUAAGCAAGAUGGUUGUUACAUGAUUUGCGCCCUAUUUUAUAACCUUUUGGCUAUGGCUGUUAAGCGAAUCCCUGCAAUUGUUAAGUGAAUCAUGUGGUUGUUAAGCAAAUGCAGCUUUCCUCAUUGAUUUUGCUUUUCAGAAGCUAUCUGGGAAGGUUGCAAAUGAUGAUCAUAUGACCCAGGUAUGCUGCAGUUGUAAAUGCAUGCCAGUUGCCAAGUGCUCAAAUUUUGAU